AGAUCGAAAUUAAUUGGUAGCAACUAGGGUUUGGUUUUUGGUGGUUCAAAGAAGAAAGGGGGAAAAAUGCCCAAAUCCCAUGUAUUCAAUUUCUCCAUUUCCUCACAAAAUUAGAGCAUUUUGUGAUAAUAAAAGACAGAUUAGUCUCAUGCUGAGCUCCAAUUGUACUCACUCUUUUCCUCUUCUUUCUAAUUCAUCUCCUAGAUUUAGGGUUUCAACAUUUUGUCCCAAAUCUUUGCCCACACUUUCACACAGAAUCAGAAUCUCUGAACCCCAUCACAGGAUUUCUACAAAGAGGUGGAAAAUUUCAUGCUUUAGGAAUGAAGAAUCGUCUUCAGGUUCCUCCAACCCUGAGUCUAUUGAUGACUUUUUACAUAAGGAAUUGAAAAACCCGGAAAUUGAUAAACCAAGUGUGGAGAAAAGAAACUGGAUUUCGCGAUUUAGAGAGGCUGCAGAUCUAGUAUUUAAGGUGACCGGAAAACCAUGGACAGUCCCAUGGACAGCUGAGACCAUCCUUCAGGUUAUGCUUCUUUGGAUCGUCUCAUUUUGGUUCAUAGGUUCUUGGAUGAUUCCUUUUGGAGCAUAUAUGGUUGGUAUCAGCAAAGAAUCACUGACAUUCAGAGGGCAGGCUUUAUUCAGCCUUUUAACCGAUGUAACCGAGGGUCUUGCUGGAAUUCUAAUUCUUCAACGGUGUCUAACCCGUUUCCGUCCACUUCCAUCAGACUGGUUCAAGUUUAGCCUAAAAGGUAACUGGCUCUUCGACGUUCUUGUUGGAUGUCUCAUGUUCCCAUUAGUGAACCGGCUAUCACAGUUCAAUCUCGACCUGUUACCUGUUCUCCCUUCCACUCCUUUAACUCUCUCUAGCGUCGAGCAGUCUAUAUUAGCACGUGAUCCAGUGGCAAUGGCGUUGUACGCGUUGGUUCUUGUCGUCUGCGCCCCUCUCUGGGAGGAGAUUGUAUUUAGGGGCUUCCUUCUCCCUUCAUUGACAAAAUACAUGCCUGUAUGGUGUUCCAUUCUUAUGAGUUCCAUUGCCUUUGCUUUAGCACAUUUUAAUGUACAAAGGAUGUUACCACUAAUUUUUCUAGGAGUUGUAAUGGGUGUAAUAUAUGGACGUUCAAGAAAUUUAUUGCCAUCCAUCCUCUUGCAUAGUCUAUGGAAUGGAUUUGUAUUCUUAGAUUUAAUGAAAUAAAAAUACAGAACUUCUUUUCAA